AUGGAGCCCGAAAGGAAAGCAAUUCCACAGCAAAGGCAAGUCUUCUUUCUUGUUUUUUUGCUAUGGGUGUCUGAGGCCGGUUGCGACCUGGGAAGGUUUACGGUGGCGGAGGAGUCUGAGAGUGGCUCCUUUGUGACAAACGUAGCAAUGGCCCUGGGGUUAGAGUUAGGAGAUCUGUCAGCCAGAGGGGCCCGAAUCGCUUCCAAAGGGAAUAAGAAGCAUUUGCAGCUAAGUCGAGAAACCGGAGAUCUGAUCCUUAAGGAGAAAUUGGACCGGGAGGAGCUAUGCGGCUCCACAGAGCCCUGUCUGCUGUCUUUCCAGAUCUUACUGGAAAACCCUUUAAAGAUAUUUCGGGCUGAACUGCGAGUGGAAGACAUUAAUGACCAUUCGCCCGUGUUCCUAGAACCGGAGAUGCUCCUGAAAAUCCCUGAAAAUAGUAUUCCGGGUUCUGUCUUGCCUCUGAAAAACGCAGAAGAUUUAGAUGUAGGACAUAACGCUGUACAGAACUAUACGCUCAGCCCUAACUACCAUUUCUACCUUCAGACUCACAGCAGAGGUGAAGGCAGGAAAUUUCCAGAGCUGGUGUUAAUCAAAGCCCUGGACCGUGAGGAGCAGGCAGAGCUCACACUAAUCCUCACGGCCAUAGAUGGUGGGUCCCCGCCCAGGUCUGGGACGGCUUGCAUCCGCAUUGUGGUCGUGGACAUUAAUGACAAUGCUCCUGUAUUUGUUCAACCUCGAUAUGAGGUUCAGAUCCCAGAGAACAAUUCUAUUGGCUCCCUGGUUGUCACUGUCUCUGCUAGAGACUUAGACGAUGGAAAUUAUGGAGAUAUAAUAUAUUCCCUUUUUCAUAGUUCUGAAGAAAUUGGCAAAACUUUCGAAAUAAAUCCCAUCUCAGGAGAUAUUCUACUCAAAGAAAAACUAGACUUUGAGACAAUUCAACGGUAUGAGGUAGAUGUUGAAGGAACUGAUGGUGGUGGCCUUUCUGGAAAAUGUACUGUAAUUAUUCAGGUGACAGAUCUGAACGACAAUGCCCCUGAACUGGCUAUGUCAUCACUUACCAGUCCUAUUCCAGAGAAUGCGCCUGAGACGGUGGUGGCUGUUUUUAGUAUUUCAGAUUUAGAUUCAGGAGAAAAUGGAAGACUGGUUUGCUCUAUUCAAGAAGACAUUCCCUUUACCCUGCGACCUUCCAUAGAAAAUUUCUAUACCUUGAUAACAGAAGGACGGCUGGAUAGAGAGAGUAAGGCCCAAUAUAACAUCACGAUUACUGUCACGGAUUUGGGGUUCCCGAGGCUCCAAACAGUGCACAGCAUCAUGGUGUUUAUCUCAGAUGUCAAUGACAACCCACCAGUAUUUACUCAGACAGCAUAUAUGUUUUACCUCAAGGAGAACAACACUCCUGCCUUAUACCUGGGCAAUGUCAGUGCCAAUGACAGGGACUCUGGGACCAAUGCCAAGGUAACCUAUUCGUUGCAGCCUUCCAAGUCUGAAAAUCUGUCCCUCCUUUCCUUUAUCUCCAUCAAUUCAGACAACGGACAUCUCUAUGCUCUGAGAUCCUUGGAUUAUGAAGCCAUCCAAACUUUUCAGUUUAUUGUGAGGGCAACUGAUGGAGGGUUUCCAGCCCUGAGCAGUCAGACUCUGGUUCAAGUUGUGGUCCUGGAUGAGAAUGACAACUCACCCUUUGUGCUGUAUCCUUUGCAAAAUGGCACAGCUCCCUGCAAUGACCUGGUGCCCAGGACAGCAGAGGCGGGUUACCUGGUCACCAAAGUGGUGGCUGUGGAUGGAGACUCAGGACAGAAUUCAUGGCUUUCCUACCAGCUGCUCAAGGCCACAGACCCAGGACUCUUCACUGUGUGGGCCCAUAAUGGGGAAGUUCAUACAGUGAGGCCCAUCAGUGACAGAGAUGCCAUCAAACAGAGGCUCCUGGUAUUGGUGAAGGACAAUGGGCAACCACCUCUGUCCACAGCAGCCACACUGAAUGUGCUUCUGGUGGAUGGAUUCUCUGAGCCAUAUAUAAAACGCCAAGAAUCUACCAAAGAAUCAGUCCAGAAUGAUUCUCUUACUCUCUACUUGGUAAUUUCUUUGGCUUCUGUCUCUUUUCUCUUCUUGAUCUCUGCCAUCCUGUUCACUGUACUACACCUAUGGAAAAAGAAAAGAGAUGCUUCAGACAUGAGUCACUUUAGAGCCAGUGCCCCCUUCCCAAGUCAUUUAGUAGAUGUCAAUAGCACUGGAACCCUGUCCCAUAGCUACCAGUAUGAGGUGUGUCUGACCAGUAGUUCUGGAAUCAAUGAAUUUAAGUUUUUAAAGCCAAUUAUUCCCAGCCUCCAUGCUCACCAUGAUGCAAAAGAUUCAGAGGAAAAUCCUACCUGCAGGAAUAGCUUGGAUUUCAGUUAG